AUGAUCAAACUGAUUGGCGAGAUUGACGUGGACAUGGACAGGUUGCCACUGGCAUCACCCUCUGUUGCCCCAGAUCUGAGCACAUUGAUUCUUCAAAGGGUCGUGUCAUACCUUGUGCAUGACAAGUGCACACAUACUCGUUGGAAGGUGCGUUCGCUUGCCACAGUGUCGAAGCUAUUCUUCAGGACGUGUUCGAGUAUCCUGAGCAAACAGGUCGUCCGAUCAAUUGGGAUUGCCUCACAAAUCACCCAUCUGGGCGCAGACCAGUGUCUCUUCACACAGACGCCACUCCACCUCAAGACAAGCGACCUUGUUCAUAUACCCCCACAGCAUAUUGUGCAGUGUCUGGAUCGCGUCGAAUCUUUGGUCGUUCCGUUCUGCAUUGAUAACUCUGACAGCAUGAUCUACUAUUGCAACCUGGUGCAGUGCCGCAACCUCAGACAACUGCGCAUCAUACAACAACAGGAAGACGUCUAUGACCACCACAUUCUCAACCGGAUACGUGACAAACAUGGGGAGUCCCCCUUCAUUGAGGAUAUGGGAGUGAACAUGGGUCACAUGUGGCAAGAGGAGGACGGCGAAUAUGAUCAGCGUGGCGAUGACAAUAACGAUGGGCCAUCAUUCGAACAAAGAAUAAUGCAAAACUACAUUGUUGGCAAUCCCUCGCUCGAGUACGUCAAGAUCCGAGUGUCCGACCACUCAUCAUUCGUUUGCCAGCGCUUCCUCGAAGUGCUCUCCAACACAGACGCCUCGAUCAAGGUCUCAAUAGGGAUUGCUAGCUCGACAUCACCUCCCGUCGCCCUCCCCGACACCAUGGCAUCCAAGGUGAAUUCUCUCUCGCUUGUCCAACAUGUGCAAUCCCAACCACUCAACUUCUCCAACAUCACCUCUCUGACGCUCUCGGACCGUCGUUGUUUAUUACCGCUCGACGAGGACCUCAGAGUGUUCUAUCAAAUGUCGGCCAAACUGUGCAAGGUGACGCUGAAACUCGUGGACCUGAACCAUGCACUGUUGUUCCUUGCGGCCACCUCGGCCAACACACACAUCUCCUCCAUCUCGAUCAGGUUGUUCCUGUGCAGUUCCCGCACGUUAGCACGGUGA